AUGAUCGCUCCAUCACUCAACACUCAAGCUCUCAACCUCAAGUUCCUCUGCAGCUACGGAGGCAAAAUCCUCCCUCGUUAUCCAGAUGGCAAGCUCCGUUAUCAUGGUGGUCAUACUCGCGUCCUCUCUGUCCAUCGCUCCAUCUCAUUCUCAGAGCUAUUGGUGAAGCUGGGAGAGUUAUGUGGAGCUAGCGUGAGUCUGCGGUGUCAGCUGCCUACUGAAGACCUAGAUGCCUUAGUCUCCAUAAAAUCCGACGAAGAUCUCUUCAAUUUAAUUGAAGAAUAUGAACAAUCUGAGAUAGUGAAGAUCAGAGCAUUCCUAGCGCUUCCUAAAAACACAUCUCCACCAAUCUCAAAUGCCUCUACCUCGCCUAAAUCUCCGUUAAAUUCUCCUGCAGCUGCAAAUUGGAAGCACUGUAAUUCCAGGUUUUCGCCUAUAGUUUCUACUGAUCAAAUUUAUCAUAAUUCGAGGCAGGCAGGAUAUGCUUUGCUGCGCAAGAAGUCUGCUGGAAAAGUACCGUGCUAUGCAAAUGGAAAUUCUACGCGAGCUCAGCUCAUCUGUAAUACUAAUCACUGGCAAUAA